AUGUCUAUUCAGCAUCAACAGCACCAACAAACGAUAGAGGCUCGUUAUGUCGAUCCACGGAAAUUAAUCACCUGUCUUGAAAGAAGGUACGAGAAGGACUUUCAAGUGAAGCUGCGCAUGAAUCACUACAGGAUAUACGCUUCUCCAGACAAAGGGGUCCUCACCAAUGAUGAGAUCAGAGCGUGUUCAGCCUUGUACAGAUAG